UCCGCAGGGUUGGCCGUGCCGUCGUAACGAGGAGGCAGGUCUGGCUUGAACUUGUCGGGCCACGCGACGCUGCGUAGCUCGACUUCCAAGAGGCUCAACUCGCCGGCUUGGUUAUCGACUUCGUUGUUUCCUGCUCUAAACCACCAUCGGGUCGUCCCCUUAUAUACACGGGUUGACGCCAGGUGGCCUACAGAGUCCCGGCCGGCUCAUAAUCGUGUCUGACUCGGUGACUUUCUUUACAUGUCUUUCUGUACAAGUAUUUCCUUAUAUGUAGCGGUUUACUUACAAUAUCGGGCCUCAAGCCGGCCCCAGGCCUUUGGGCCUUCCAUAAGACUUAAUAAACUACAAACUUGGAUGUUUACUGAGCUUCUUGCGUAACCCGCCAUUGAAGCUGACCCGGCUCCUCCUGGGCGGGUCUCAACUGAUAGUAAUAUCCCCAACAUUAGGCCCAGGUUGACUUUGAACUUUGUUCUUUGUCAAUCUUCAAUACUUAGUCAGAAUCCAUCCUCUGUCUGAAAACUUCUGUAACCCGCUGUGAUGUUAUCUUUUGAAAACACAAAAACCUUCAUGACGUCAUCUUACAACGGAUCUUUCAUUUUUUAAUACCUUCCGAGAAUCGAGGCAUCUGUUCAGUUCGAUAAUUAUUAUUGGGUCUCCUUGAUUUUCGCGCCCGCCUGUUUGCAUAUGCCCUUAUAGAUAGGCACGCGGCCGGUCCUUCCCAUUCUCCUUUCUUCCUCAUCUUCUUCCUCUAGCAACCUCCGUCGCUGCUCGAGCUCCGCCGCACCGCAACUCUCAUCGUCGUCGUCAAGCUUGGCCGCUGCAUUACCCCGAGUCCGACCAGAGGACGCGACGACUCUUCGCGGCAUGCCUGCAUCUCGUAAGUUUUCUUCUCUCACACACCUAGAUCUGUUCUAGGUUUGCAAGUUCUUCAGUGUUCUUCACCUGUUCGCCAUGGAUCAUCUUGUAGAUCUUCUCCGCAACUUCUUUUGAUCCAAAGAAGAAAUAUAACUCGUGCGGUAGUUGUUUGGUAUUUAUUUUUGAUGUCAGUAGAUCCCUUUUGUCUGUAUAGAUGCUUCUUUACAGUCGAUGAACUCAUCUGUACUAGGUUUUUAUGUCUAGAAUAUUUUCCUUUUUGAAACAGCCUUUUGAUCCAAAAUGAUAAUGAUAGCUUGGUGAAACUUGUUUAUGCCAACACUUAGUUGAAUCUGUUUUCCGAAGAAAUCUGUAGUCAUGGCGGCUUACCAUUCCGGCUUUAUUUUCCUUAUAUGUCAUUAGCCCUUAGUUAAGCCGCCGUUACUUGUUUUAGAAUUUCAACCUUUAACUGUUAAUUGACCCGGCACUUUAUUUUUCCUUUCCAGUCCCUUGUUCAUCAUGCCGUCAAAGACACCCACCAUCUGCAAUUGGGUUCCCUCAACCAUAACUGAGGAGCAUCUGAAAGAGUUCUUCCUCGUUGGGUUUCUGCCUUCAAAGAAUGUCAUGUCUUAUCGUCCUCCUGACCCGGAGGAAGAACGUCCCAAUCCAAAAGACAGAGAAGUGAUUAUCUUCACUGACCACAUGAACCGUGGCUUUUCACCACCCGGUUCAAAAUUCUUCAGAGAGGUCCUUCAUUUUUUCAAACUCCAUCCUCAGGACCUUGGACCCAAUUCUAUUUCCAACAUUUGUAACUUCCAAGUGCUCUGUGAGGCAUAUCUUCAGCAAGAGCCCACCAUAGAGCUGUUUAGAGAGUACUUUUAUCUGAAUCGUCAGAAUGAAUGCACCAAUGGUUCUAGCUUAGAACUUGGAGGCAUCUCGAUUCAGCGCCGUCAGGGUGCUGUUUUCCCUCUCAUCGUCUUACCGAGCCACCCAAAGGACUGGAACCAAACUUGGUUUUAUUGUCAGGAUACUUCUCCAGCAAAUGAGAAGCCUCUGCCGGGUUACCGCCCUAGUCAUGUUGAUUCCAAGUUCACCCUUCCGGAUAAGCUUACCGCCGCUGAACCGGUGAACUUAUCUCCAUUAGAAGAAUCAACGGCUUUUUGGGUAAUGGUUUAACCGGAGUAGAUCUGACCUGUUGCUGGAUCUCAUGGCGGGUUAUUCCAUUAAGUCGUCGAUCUCAACUGAUGUAUGAAUAUGACGGAAGCCCAGACAACCCUCUUCGUCACAGCCCAGUUGAACUCACCGAAGAAGACAUUGUUUCGAUGUCAACCCUUUUGGUAAAUGGGAAGUACGAAGAUUGCAGUAUUGUUGGGUUGAGUCCCUUCUGCAAGAUUAAUCCGGCGCCAAAAGCCAAUUCUGACUUCUGGAAGGUGAAAUAUGACCACGAAGCUGCCAAGAAGGCGAAAGCCGCCGCUAUGAACACCAAGAAGACGACCCAGAAAUCAAAGAAGAAGAAGAAAACUACUGCUGAGGAUUUAAUGAAGCUUGAUGACUCGUCUGACUCGGAGGAUGACACUGGGGCUAGUCAAGCCGGGGAACCAGAGCAACAGCAUGAAAGCCGUCGUGAAGUUGAGAUCGAAGAUGAGCCGGCUGUCGUCCCUGAACAGACCCCUCGGAAACGUCCGAACGAGGAGGUGUCUCAUUCCUCGGGCAACUCAUCACAAACACAAUUUCGGGCUUUCAAGACUGCUCCUGGCGGUCAAGCUAAGUCCAAGAAAGCGAAGCCAACAAAACCAGUGGAAGACCCGCCAGCACUGGCAUCUGAGCCGGCUAGGCCACCUUCUCCAUUAACUGUCGCCCCAGAAGACCCGCCUAUUGUUCAUGAAGCAAAUCCUCCAGAGCCAUCCCUUGUCAAGAACACUAUUACCCCUUCUGCAGCUGGUCCAUCAAGCUCAACCGACCCACCGUCUCCCCGUGUUCAAGAUGUUCAAAUUACUGGGAGCCGCUAUGUUGAGCCGGGGAACCCGACGGUAUUGGCACGGUGCACAGCUAAGCAAGAAGCUUUGGAGAGGUGGAAGGUUCGUCUUGAUGUUGCCAACUAUGACCGUCUUAAUGCCAGUGAUAUCUUAUCCGGCUAUCUCAGUCAUGUACACUCCAGUCGUGAUUCUGAGAUUGAGAUGGUCAAGCAGCUUCAAUUGAAGUAUGAGGUAUGUAGUUUCCGGUUUACGAAUAUUCCUUCAGCCCCCAAGUCUGUAGAUUAUGAGAGAAACAGAAUAACCUGUAGACUUACAAUAUAGACCGAUACCUUUACUUCUGAAUAUUUGCCUGAUAUUGGUAGAACAAGACUUCACCCAUAGUCCCCAAGGACUGGUUUAUUUAAUCAUUAGUGAAUCGGUACUUCAGAAUUGAACACCAUCUGUAAAAUACUUAACAUUCCGGUUUAUCUUUGAUAACCUUGCUGAACUGUGUACAUUAGCCCCCAAGUACCAAGUGUUGUUACUUUGUAAAGGACUUGGGACUUCUAAUAUGCUGGUAGAGUCAUAAAAAAUUGAUUUGGCAUACAUUAGCCCCCAAGUGCCAAGUGGUUUAUUCGUAAAGUACUUGGGACUUUGAAUUUUGAAUAUGUAUACUGGAAUUUAAAACCAAAUCUUGACUUAUCUGAAUGUUUCACAUAAUGCAUUAUCUGAACUGAACUCCCAAUUGACUGACGCAAAGACCCGGCUAGCAAGCCAGGAGUCAGAAAUCAAAUCUUCCACCUCCAAAUUGCAAAUGAGCCUCUCUGAAACGGAGACUUUGAAGACCAACUUUGCCGCCAAAGAGAAAACUUGGGAGAAUGAGAAAACACUCCUGACCCGCCGAGCUGAGACAGCCGAAACAGCUCUGAAAGAAAUUUCAAUAUAGCUGAACAAUUUGAAGGGCCGGGUAUCUUAGAUGGUUGCUGCGAUUUUUGGUAAGCCGUCUGAAUUGAUCUUGAAUAUAAUUUUUGUCAAACCGGAAUAUGAUCCGCCAACUAACUCUGUUAAAAAUAUAUAUAGGUCCGCGAAGCAAAAAUCUGAGCCAAGACCCGUUGAUUAAACUGAAGGCAGUAUACACCUUGGUUCAACAAUUGUACAUUGGUACACAACGGGCUCUGGCCGCUAUCUCUCCGGUAAUCAAGGAUCCAACUGGCUUAGCGAUGUCCUGAAGAAGCUAUCCAUCCUUCCUGCUAGAUUCCAAGAGGUAAAACGCUCAUGUGCGUGAGCCGGUGCACUGACUGCCCUAAGCCGCUCCAAAGCUUGGGUGCCAGACCUAGACCCGGCGGACAUUGCAAGGGGCUAUCCUACCGUGAAGGAGGACGAGUCUCCUUUUGAUCAAGAGGACUUUAUAGCCUGCGUCCGUGAAGUCCGGCCUCAGGUGACUAGCCUUGGAGAUGAUACCAACAUGGACAAAUACCAACCGGGUUUUGAUAGUGCAAAUAAGAAGAUGGCCACUCCUUCAUAAAAAGUUGCUGAUCUAAUCCCACCUGUGAGAGAAGAUACCUUUGCCCCGGAAAUUGACCCGGUCGGCCUGAUUGACGACAAAGCUGAAUUUGUCGCCAUGAAUGGCUUUGAUUGGUCCAAAUCCAACUUCCAGCAGACUCAAGAUGGUGAACCGGUGAGGGAAGGACAAUGAUCAUCUUCAUGGGCUUAUAAAGCCGUGUAAUAGCUUAACUGUUUAGAACACCGCGUUUUUGCUUAUGCCAUCGUGCAAAAAACACUUCCAUGUGAAUCUGUGCUUCCGGAUGCCAAUGUUUAAUGCUGUCUUAAGCAUCAUUUAAUGCUUGUCUCUGCAAUA